AUGUUGGUAGAUCACUCCCUCGCCAUCUUGUACAUCCUCGCCUUCUUCUUCGCCAUCCUCUACAUCUACAGCCAUGCCGCAUCGCCUCUCCGCUCAAUCCAAGGCCCAUUCCUCGCCCGUUUCUCUCGCCUCUGGUACUUUUCCGCCGUUUCCAGUGGCCGCUUCGAAACGAUCAACGCCUCGCUGCACGCAAAGUAUGGCAAAAUCGUCCGCCUAGCACCAAAUCAAUACAGCAUCAGCGACCCAUCCGCAAUCCAAACCAUCUACAAAACCCGCCAUGGCGAGACGCCGUUCCGCAAGUCCGACUUCUACUCUGCGUGGCAGGCACCCAACAAGCCGAAUAUCUUCACGGAGAGGGACCCCGUGGCGCACACUCGGGAUCGAAAGAAGUUUCAUGCGGCGUAUACGAUGAGCACGAUGACGACUUAUGAGAAGUAUGUGGACGACUGUGUUGAGAUCUUGUGCCGACGGAUGGAGGAGGUACAGCAGAGUGGGAAAGAGGUGGACAUGUCGUGGUGGUUGCAGUGUUUUGCUUUUGAUGUGAUCGGGGAGAUCUCAUUCUCGAAACGAUUCGGGUUUCUGGAUCGUGGCGAGGAUCAGAGCGGUCUGAUCGAGAACGUCCAUCGGACUACGAAAUACUCGGUGUUGAUGGGGAUGUUUCCCGAGUGGCACGUGUUUUACUUCAAUACGCUUCAGCUUUUGGGGAAGCUUGGGUUCGGGAAAGGGGCCGGAAAGCAGUAUCUGCGGGAUUUCACAUUCAGGAGCAUGGGCGAGCGGCAGAAGAAGGUUAAGAAGGAACGUGACGUGACAACUACGGCUGAAGACGACAAUUACAUGCCGAAGGACUUCAUGACCAAGUUUAUCGAGCAACACCAAAGGGAUCCAACACACUUCACCCUCGACGAUACCAUCAACGGUGUCUUGGGCAACAUCAACGCUGGCUCCGACACAACCGGCGUAGCCCUCAGUGCUAUCAUGUACUACCUAUUGGCGUCCCCAAGAGUACUGCAAAGACUCAGAGACGAGCUCUCGCAGCAGCAAGUCUCGGAUCCAACGACGUUCAAAGAAGUCCAAAGCCUGGAGUACCUUCAGGCAGUCAUCAAGGAAGCUAUGCGGCUACACCCCUCGAUCGGCGUUCAGCUACCACGAGUCGUACCAAAGGGUGGAGCAAUCAUCACAGGUCAAUUCUUCCCCGGUGAAACUAUCGUCGGCUUAAACCCAUACGUCCUCCAUCACGACAAAGAUGUCUUUGGUGGGGACGCCGACGCUUUCCGACCAGAGAGAUGGUUGAGGAGCGAAUGCGACGCCGCGACGUUGGCGCGGAUGGAGAACACCUGGUGUCCUUUCGGGGCUGGCUCUAGGACGUGCAUUGGCAAGAACGUGAGUCUGCUGGAGAUGUCCAAGUUGGUGCCGCAGUUGGUAAGGAGGUUUGACUUUGAGAUGAGUGACGGGUUGGAGAGGGAGGGGCUGAAGACGUAUAAUGAGUUUUUCAUACAGAUCAGGAAUCUGAGACUGAAGGUGGUGAAGAGGAGAUUGGAGGUGUGA